AUCUUGUGUGAGGAAAAUGCGCAGAGUCCGGAAUAUUAAGAGAUCAACAUUGAGUUUCCACUGAUGGCUUAUUAAGUGAAGGUAGCGCAACGAAUCCCUCUGGCUGCGGCUGCUGCUGCUGUUGCUUUGGCACACUUCUGGGCAACGCUUUGUCGCCGCCGACCGCAAAACUGGGCAAAAUUAUGAACUUGUGUUCCUCGGGCGCUACGGCAUCGACCACAUCGUUAUCAUCCACGGGUCAGAGGAACGGCGGCACGUCUGAAGGAGGGGGAGAAGGAGCAGGAGGAGGAGGAGGUAGCGGCGGCGGCGGCGGCAAUAGCAGCAACGACGGACCCUCAGAGGCCAUUCACUGUUUUGGUAGCAACGGAGGUGGUGGCGGCCCGGAGGAAGUUUUCCACACCAGCCACAGUCACAGCACAGCCAACGGCGGCGGCGGCGGGGGCAGCAGCAACGGACACAGCCAGCAACACAACGAAAAUAACGCAACUAUGCCGCCCGAGACGCGUCCCAAAAUGGUGACGGUCAAGCAUCCGGAAUCCAACAAACCCAAGCCCACCACCAAGAAAAGCAAGCCCAUCCAGGCGGACCAGGACGUGAUCAAGGCGCUGCAACGAUGCCGGGACGAGGGCAUCAAGCGACUGGACCUGAGCAAAUCCUCAAUCACGGUGAUACCCAGCACGGUCAAGGAGUGUGUGCACCUCACCGAGCUGUAUUUAUACAGCAACAAGAUUGGCCAGCUGCCCGCCGAGAUUGGGUGCCUGGUGAACCUGCGGAAUCUGGCGCUGAACGAGAAUUCGUUGACCUCGCUGCCCGAGUCGCUGCAGAACUGCAAGCAGCUGAAAGUGCUAGAUCUGCGGCACAACAAGCUGGCGGAGAUUCCGCCCGUCAUCUAUCGACUGCGUACCCUCACCACGCUGUAUCUGCGCUUCAAUCGCAUCACCGCCGUGGCGGACAAUCUGCGCCAGCUGGUCAAUCUGACGAUGCUCAGUCUGCGCGAGAACAAGAUCAGGGAGCUGGGCAGUGCCAUCGGGGCGUUGGUGAAUCUGACCACGCUCGAUGUAUCGCACAAUCACUUGGAGCACCUGCCGGAGGACAUUGGGAACUGCGUGAACCUGAGUGCCCUGGAUCUGCAGCACAACGAGCUGCUGGACAUACCCGACAGCAUCGGCAACCUAAAGUCCCUGGUGCGGCUGGGUCUGCGCUACAAUCGACUGAGCAGCGUACCGGCCACGCUGAAGAACUGCAAGAGCAUGGACGAGUUCAAUGUGGAGGGCAAUGGGAUGACACAGCUGCCAGACGGCAUGCUCGCGAGCCUGAGCGGCCUCACUACCAUCACCCUGUCGCGGAAUCAGUUCACCAGCUACCCCACCGGCGGACCGGCGCAGUUCACGAACGUGUACAGCAUCAAUCUGGAGCACAACCGCAUCGACAAGAUACCGUACGGGAUAUUCUCGAGAGCCAAGGGCCUGACCAAGCUGAACAUGAAGGAGAACAUGCUGACGGCCCUGCCGCUGGACAUUGGUACGUGGGUGAACAUGGUGGAGCUGAAUCUGGCCACCAAUGCGCUGCAGAAGCUGCCCGACGACAUCAUGAACCUACAGAAUCUGGAGAUACUCAUCCUGUCGAACAACAUGCUCAAGAAGAUCCCCAACACGAUUGGAAAUAUGCGCAAGCUGCGCAUCCUCGACCUGGAGGAGAACCGCAUUGAGGUUCUGCCGCACGAGAUUGGGCUGCUGCACGAACUGCAGCGCCUGAUACUGCAGACCAACCAGAUCACAAUGCUACCGCGCAGCAUUGGGCACUUGAGCAACCUGACCCAUUUGUCCGUCAGCGAGAACAACCUGCAGUUUUUGCCCGAGGAGAUUGGGUCGUUGGAGGGCCUGGAGAACCUAUAUAUCAACCAGAAUCCCGGUCUGGAGAAGCUGCCGUUCGAGCUGGCCCUCUGUCAAAACCUCAAGUAUUUGAAUAUUGACAAGUGCCCGCUGAGCACCAUUCCGCCCGAAAUCCAGGCCGGUGGUCCGUCCUUGGUGCUGCAGUGGCUCAAGAUGCACUCGCCCUACCGGCAAAUGUGAGAUGUGGACGGCGUCUGGCGCACCGUCUACGUGGGCAGCGACUGUUAUUAUCAGUACGAGCUGCAGGCGGUGCAAAAGGCGCCCGGUGAUCCUAAGCCGGAAGCUGGCGGCGGCAACGACCGGCGUUAAUGGUGCGAUUGAUGAGCGAGUCCUAUCCCCGUCCCUGUCCUCGUCCAGGUUCACGUUCUCCUCCGACCCAAGCAUCCCGAGUAAAACCUACUGGAGUGCGUUGGUCGACAAAAUGAUAGCUUUAACGUGUUAUACCAAUGUCCCGCGUAUUGAAAUACUGCCCCGAUUUGCUUUUACCUUAUGUUAAACCCAUCCUAGAUCACAGUUCCCAAGCUGCUUGGACCCACACCACACC